GACUGUAACCUCUCUGAUUACCUCUCAUAUGCACAUUGUACAUGCUUAGUAAGCCAACGCGACGUAGAUGGUGAGGACGGUAAGAAUUAGAAGCAGCAUUAAAGAACAGAACUGCAUGCGUGUGAAGUGCGAGCUGUGUGAGGUGCCCUGUUGUGACCGCGUUGAUUUUGAGAGAGCCGGAUCGGAAUCGAAGCCGAAAAUAAUUAGUUGACUGGAAAAAAAAAUUGUCAAGUAAGUGAAGAAGAAACAAAAAUAAUAUAAAAAGUGGCGGAGAAGGUGGAGGAAGCGGUGGAAGAGGAGAAGGAAGAGAAAGAAGACGAAGCCGCUCCGUUCUGCAGUGUGCGGUUGAGUCGAGUACUCAAUACACGUAUUACCUAUAAUCAUCUCCUGGAGUACCCGUACCCCGUACCUGCAGGAGUGCAUCAAUUUUUGCGCGCGAGAGUCGAAUAUCGGCUCCGAAGACGCAAACAAGGCUGGCUGCUGCUGCUGCUGCUGCUACCCACGAAGACGCCUCGUCCUGUGCCGUUUUGAUGUUUUCUCACGUUCUUUUUCGCCAGCAUGGAAGAUUCAUACGAGAACGACUUUGAAUUUUUAGAUUUAUCAAAUUUAGAUGAACACGGCAAAGAUGAACUGACAGCUAUUUUAAAACCCAACUCCAGUACUGAUACGGUACAGUUGCCAUGGGUUGAACAGGAUUGCAGAAAUUACCAUGUGCUCUCUGCUGAACAACAAGUUCAGCAUCUAGAGGAGCCAAAAGUCUGGCCUCAAUAUGAAAUGGAGGGAAACGUAUUGAAAUAUGAUCAACCAACAACAGCAUCUUCCGUCCUUCUCACAGUACCACCAAAUAUUCCCUACAGUCAACCGAUGAUAACACCCAUGUACGCCACCGAUUGGUCAAAUGUAUUCGUGAACAAUGAUCCCCAACAUGUCCACCCUUAUAUGCAAGGAAUGGCUUACCCCCAAAAUUUGUAUACACCAAAUAAUGAUCCAUCACCUCAAGACAUAUCCUCAAUGAGAGAAGGAGGAAGACGCGGUCGCGGGCGAAGCAAUAAAAAUUACGGCAGAAGUAUGAAUCAUGGUCACGAAAUCCAGACUGGCUACAUGGGAGAUCACAACCAGUAUCAGAUGAAUAUGCCAUAUCAACAGUCAUACGUAUGCAUUUCGGAGCAUGCUGUCACACCCCAGCAACAUCAUGCUACUGGACAGCCAAUAUUUUUCCCUUCUCCUGCAAUAUAUCAUUCACCUCCAAUGGCACAACAAACUCAUCGUGUUGAUUACCUAUCAUAUCAUCAAUCUCCAACAAAUACAAAACACAGUCGCCACUCUCAAAGUAUGUUACCACAAACAAAUGGAGAAUCUUCAACAAAAAGCACAAAUCACAAAUCGUAUGAAAAACAAUUACAAAAUGUAAAUAUUUCAAAGCCUUCCAUUCAUCAAUCACACGAUGACAAUAGCAACUCAUCCCAAACCAACAUAGUCACAACAGUAACUGUUAAUAACAGUAACAUAGAGUCGUCCGUCAGUGAUGCUGAUGAAAAUUCAACUGCCAAUAAUACUACAGCUAAUACAAAAUUUGGUGUUAAAAUUGAACACAACAUUGUUUCAACUAUCAAUGAAAACUACAAAGGUGUUGAAAUAAACGACAUACCCUGCGUCAAUAUUAAAAGUAGUAUAGAAGUUAAGCAAAAUGGAAAUGACAUUAAGGAACAUGAUGAAACAAUUUCUCCAUCUAAAGCUCCAGAAUUCGCUGCAAGUAUAGCUCCUGUGGCUUCCAAACCCGUCGAAAAAGUUAAUAUUGAAGAAAUUCAUAGUAAUGAAGUUGAAAAAAUUGAAGAAGUUAAUGAAGUAAAGGAAAUUAAAGUGAUAACAGAAAAUAAAGUAGAUAUUAACGAACCAGUAGCGCCUGUUAGCACUUCAACUUCUGCUUCCAAGAAUAAGUCUUGGGCUAGUCUUUUGAAGAAAGAUUCGGAACUUGUUAGUGCCAGUGCCAAUAAGCCAACAGCUCUUAUCCCACCUAAUAACAUAACUGUCGUAGCUAGUGAUCAUAUUGAACCACCUUCACAGGAAAAUUACCAUCAAAAGACUCAAUUACCAUCAAAAAGUUUAAAUAACAAAUCCCUUCUAGAAGAAUCACAACAAAAAAAUAACGUACCAGUAGAUCAAUUCAAAACGUUCAACAACAAUGCAUCUCAAAUACAUUGUGAUGACCCAAUAACGUAUAGGAUGGGUGAAUUUUUACUGGGUCAUCAAAUGGAAAAACAGACUGUUAGCUUAUUACCUCGAGGAUUGACAAAUCGCAGUAAUUACUGCUACAUUAACAGCAUAUUACAAGCUCUACUUGCUUGUCCACCGUUUUACAACUUGUUUAUGGCUAUGCCGUACUCGAAAAAUCCUUCAAGACACUCACCUAGUCCUCUAAUCGACAACAUGAUUCAAUUUGUACGUGAAUUUUCUCCACUCCCGGAAGGUGCUCGUUUAGCGAGGAAGGAUAGAGCACAAAAGCGUAAUGAAGAUGCUAUUGUGGAUAUUCAAAGUGGUGUUCCAUUUGAGCCUUCGUAUAUGUAUACCAUUUUAAAAAAUACAUCGUCUCCUGGUGUAUUUUCUGUAGAAGGUCGGCAAGAAGAUGCCGAAGAAUUUUUAUCGUGCCUGCUAAAUGGAAUUAGCGACGAGAUGUUAGAGUUAAUGAAAUUGGCUAAUAACAACGAACAAAAAUCCGUAGAUUGCAUAGAUGCUCAAGAUGAAGAGGAGUGGAAAGUAAUGGGCCCCAAGAAUAAAGGAUCAAUUACGCGAAGCACAGAUUUUGGACGUACACCAUUAUCAGACAUAUUUAGAGGACAAUUAAGGUCAAGAGUUCAACGAGCGUCGGAACAAGCCACAGACUACGUUCAGCCAUUUUUUACCUUGCAACUUGAAGUCGAGAAAGCUGAGUCUGUCAAAAGCGCACUAGAAAUACUUGUUGGAAAAGACCCACUUGAAGGAAUGACUUGCAGUAAAACAAAACAAACAAUUGAAGCGUGGAAACAGGUCACACUGGAAGAACUGCCAGUAAUACUUAUUUUGCACUUAAAGUGGUUUGAUUAUAAACCUGAUGGUUGUUCUAAAAUCCUAAAAAGCGUAGAAUUCCCCAUAGAUCUUAAAAUUGACAAUAAAUUGAUGUCACUGAACGCCAGACCAAAGUCGAGUCAAAAACAAAGACAGUAUAAGCUGUUUGCUGUUACCUACCAUGAUGGAAAGGAAGCAACUAAAGGCCAUUAUGUAACUGAUGCCUUUCACGUUGGGUACGGCGGCUGGGUCCGCUAUGAUGACAGUUCGCUUAAAGGUGUCUCUGAGGCAAAUGUACUGAAACCUUUACCACCCAGAGUACCAUAUUUACUAUAUUAUAGAAGAUGUGAUACUAUUGGGCUCUCAAAUAAUGUUAAAGCGCGGUAAAUUACUUGCAGCAAAAAAAAAAAAAAAAAAA